AUGGCAGAAGCUGUAGAAUCGAUUAAUAGACGAAGAAAUAAUUAUGAAUUUAAUCACUCAUUGAUAGAAAGACUUAGACAAAGUCAAAAUAAUUUAAAACUAAUUUGGUUUGAUCCAAAUAUUAGAUCAAAAGAAGAUAUGAAAACAAAAAAAGAAGAACUUCGAGUUAUUAAUGAACAUGUCAAUAUAUUCUCGGAUCUUGACGAGUGUAUUAAAUUUAUUAAAUCAGUUAAAAAUGAAAAAAUAUUUUUAAUAACAUCCGGAACACAAGCACCAGAAAUUUUAUCUCAAGUAUCGGAUUUGAGUCAAGUUGAUUCGAUCUUUAUCUUUUGUAUGCUGAAAGAUCGACAUGAAUAUUUAUUAACUAAAUACAAUAAAAUUGUUGGAAUUUAUACCGAGUUUGAUGAUUUAUGUAAAACAAUUGAAGAUGAAUUUGAUUUUUUUAACAAACGUAUAGAAACAUUUUCUUCUUUUGAAAAAGGUGAACAAUCUACAAAAGAUUUAUCAAAAGAAUCAUCAACAUUUCUUUGGUAUCAAAUAUUUAAUUAUAUUAUAACUCGUCUUCCAAGAAAUCAACAAGCAAAAGAACAAAUGAUUCAAUUGUGUAAAGAUUAUUAUUGUCGAAAUCGAGAAGAAAUGAAAAAUAUUGUAGAAUUUGAACAAACAUAUCGAUCGGAAAAUGCAAUUUAUUGGUAUUCGAAAAAAUCAUUUCUAUAUAAAAUAGUUAAUAAAGUAUUACGAACUGAAAGUAUUGAAUUAAUACAUGCAUUUCGAGUUUUUAUUUGUGAUUUAUCGGAAAAUCUUCAAUGUCAACAUAAAAAGAUUUUUUUGUCAAAAGAAAAAAUUUUACAUCUUUAUCGAGGAGCUGCACUUGAUAUAAAAGAAUUUAAUAGAUUAAAACAAAGUCAAGGAAAACUUAUUUCAACAAAUGGAUAUUUAUCAACUAGUCGAGAAGAAUCACAAGCACGUGCAUAUGCAAAUAAAUCUUCAAAAAGAAAUGAUAUCAUUCGUGUUCUAUUUCAUAUUGAAAUUAAUAUUGAAAAAAUUGAUAAAAAUAUUAUUUUUGCUGAUAUUACUGAAUUAAGUGAUAAUCCAAAAGAAGCCGAAGUUUUAUUUGAUAUAAAUGCUUGUUUUGAAAUUAAAUCAUUUCAAGAAGAUAAAUCAUUUCAAAUAAUUAAUAUGAAACUUUCAAAUGAAGGACCAAAAAUUGCUAAAGAUUUUCUUGAAUCAACAAGAAAAGAAAUUGAAGGAACAAGUGAUUCAAUUAUUGUUGGUAGAUUAUUAUGUGAUUUAGGAGAAUAUGAUGAAUCACAAAAAUAUUUUGAACAAUUAUUAGAUAAAUCAAAUAAUGAAGAUCGUCCUUGGAUUGAAUUUAAUAUUGGUCGAGCUCUUGAUUUCAAAGGUCAAUGGAAAGAAGCUGAAAAAUAUUAUAAUUGUGCAUAUAAUCUAAUGAUGGAAGAUGGAUCAAAACGAUUAAAAGAUGCUGCUCAUGUUCUUAAUAGUAUGGGUAACGUUCUUCAUCGACAUAAAAAAGAUGAUGAAGCUCUCGGAUGUCAUCAAAAGGCAUUGAAAAUUCAAGAGAAAUAUUAUCCAUCCAAUCAAGCUGAUAUUGCGACAAGUCUAAACAAUAUCGGUAAAAUUCUCACUCGUCAAGAAAAACAUACUGAAGCUCUCGAGUAUUAUCAACAAGCGUCAACAAUAUAUGAAAAACUUUAUCCAUCAGGUCAUGCCAAUCUUGCUGACACUUUGAAUAAUAUUGGCGUUUCUCAUGAAAAUCAGAACAACCAAAAGAUGGCACUUGACUAUUUUGAGCGUGCUUUGACACUUAAUGUAAAAUUUCGCCCUCUUGAUCAUGAAAAUCUAAAGAAAACCAAAGAUGCUAUUCGUCGACUUCCUGCAACAAAAUAA